CUAGGAAACAGUAAAAUAGAGAAGGUGGGGGGGCAGAAGUACGAUCACGCCACGAUUGCGCCGCCAAAUCGUAGGGCUCCGCUUCUGUCGUCCGACUCGGGCCCCCUUUUAACGACCUUUGGACUCCAUUCGACCACCAAGUUCAGUUUGCCGGUUCUUUUUUAACUUGUGCGGAUCAUUUCCGAGCAUUCUGCAUUAAACUGUCGUUUAGUGUGGAUCAAAAAUUUUAUUUUAAUACAUUUAUUUUUGUAAAGUGGAGAAUAAAUAAGUUUUGGAUAAAAAAAGUUUUUUUUGAUUUUCGGCGUUAAAAGAAAUUUUCGAAGCGAUGGCACCUAAUCUGUCGAGCCAAACUGGUAUUCUCUUCGAAGGCGAAGAGUUAAUAUCAGAAUUUUCCGGUGGAAAUCAAAAGCCCGAUAACAGGAAAUUAAAACCCGUAUGGAGGAACAUCAUUUUAAUGGGUUAUCUACAUUUAGCUGCUAUUUACGGUUGUUAUUUAGCGUUUACUUCCGCUAAAUUAGCAACAACAAUUUUUGCUUUUAUAAUGUAUCAACUAAGUGGAUUGGGAAUAACUGCUGGUGCUCAUCGAUUAUGGGCUCAUAAAUCUUAUAAAGCAAAAUGGCCUUUAAGAUUAAUGUUAACAAUUUUUAAUACAAUCGCUUUCCAAGAUGCUGUUGUUGAUUGGGCUCGUGAUCAUCGUGUUCACCACAAAUUUAGUGAAACCGAUGCUGAUCCACAUAAUGCAAAGCGAGGCUUUUUCUUUUCCCAUGUUGGUUGGUUAUUGUGUCGUAAACACCCGGAAGUCAAACAAAAAGGAAAAGGAAUUGAUAUGUCCGAUUUAUAUGCAGAUCCGAUUCUUAAAUUCCAAAAAGAUUACUAUUUAAUGGUGAUGCCAAUUUUUUGUUUUCUCAUUCCGACUUGGGUUCCGAUGUACUUCUGGGGUGAAACUUUCAAAAACGCUUUCUUUAUGAAUCUCCUUCGAUACGCCUGGGCUUUAAAUGUAACUUGGUUGGUGAACUCGGCUGCCCAUAUGUUUGGAGACAAGCCUUACGAUAAAUAUAUUAAUCCCGCUGAAAAUUUAUCGGUAGCCCUUUUGGCUUUGGGCGAAGGGUGGCACAACUAUCAUCACACUUUCCCAUGGGAUUAUAAAACCGCUGAAUUAGGAAAGUACAGCGUUAAUUUAACGUGCUUGUUUAUUGAUUUAAUGGCGAAAAUCGGUUGGGCUUACGAUUUAAAAACGGUUUCUGAAGAUAUGGUUAGAAAGAGGGUUGAACGAACGGGAGAUGGAUCUCAUGAAUUGUGGGGAUGGGGCGAUAAGGAUCAAAGUGAAGAAGAAAGAACAGGUGCUCUCAUUUUAAAUAAACAAGAUUAAUAUUAAAAAUCAAAACAAAGUUAUGGAUCUACUCAAAGACCAAUUUUAUCACUUGGUGAUUUGUAGAUUUUUACUAUUACAAACAAAAAUUGAAAUAUCAUGUGAUAUAACUAUUAGAUAAUAAGUUUUUUGCACUGUUUAAAUAAGGCGAUCAUUUAAUUUAUUAAAGUGUAUUGAAAAAAGCA